AGGGAAUCAGAUUGGAUUGUAGUUGCGGUGGAUACGGUGGUUUGUUAAUUGAAUUGGAACUAGAUUCUUUGAAGCUGUUGGUAAUGGACACUGCUGUCAAAAGAGUUUCAAUCAAGCCAAGGAAAACCGCCGCAACAUUCUUCAAAGAAUCUAACUCUCAACUUGAAAGGAGUCGCCAUGGACGAACUGAGAAGGAAGCUCGAGCUGCUGGAGGAGCAAAACAAAGCAUGGCGGACUCAACAUUCCGAAAAUGAAAAAAGAAUCCAGUUGGAUUACGAGCGCAAAGUAAAGGAAUUAGAUGAGUAUUACAAGGCUGCUGCAGAGAAAAUUGAUUUAGAAUUUAGUGAACGAAGGGCAGCAAUAAUAAUCAGAUAUAGUGAGCAAAACAUCUGUGAAAAAUCGGUGAAGAAAGAACAGCAUGUCAGCGAUCAUACUAUAUCACACGGCGAUUUCGAUAAUGCAUUACGUUUGCGUGUAUCAGAAGAGAAAAACAACGAAUCUGAAUCGGUAGGACAAGCGCUGCAAAGCAGUAGUGAUGCGGCGACGACAAUUGUGCGCCGUCCCGAUCAUCGAACGAGCUCGGAUGAAUACAUCUGUUUGUGCACCGCCGCACAGAGUAAGGGUAAAAUAGAAUUCGUUUACGCAAAAGCUAAGAAAGAUUUGGCGUGCGAUUCGAAGCAAAGCGGUUUGUUUGGCGCACAUAAAAUUAUGAGAGAAAUUGUGAAUCGUUUUGUGAAACGAAUACUUUUCGAUCCAGGCGGGACUGAUAGGGGAAUAAUUUGAAGGAGAAGUUUAGAAAC